AUGCGGCUCUUUACUUGUAUCAACAUCAUUUUCGUGGUGGUUCCAUUUACUACGUGGUGUCAGAGUCGAGUGCUAGCUUCUGAGUGCUGGAUCAAUUCCAGCGGAUCUAAGAUCUGUUCAAAUGACCCAGCAGGACUUCGAGCAACCUGGUGGUUCUUCUUUGUAUUACUUCUCUUUGUAGGCGUUGCUUCAGGGUGUUUUGACGCAUACUGGUGGCCACAGGAGGCAGCAUCUCAAGAAUUGCAGACAACAGGCUCCGAAAUGGGAUCGGACAACAAUUUAGGGUCACUGGUGCACCCAUUGUUAGGUGAAUCUAAUUCAAAUGGCGUACAGCAAAUACACACAUCAAAGCCUGUGUACCGCUAUCUAGAUCCUUAG